CUUCUCCUAAUUCAAAAUAAUGGAAGAAGAAUUUUCAUUCCUGGAUCAUUUUAGUGCAGUAUCUUCUACAGUUAAAUCUGUUUUGGGAUUAGCAGAGAGCCUGCAAGUUACACUGAAAUCUGAGCCUACUGUUGAAGAGAAAGGGCUCAUAGAUGCUGUUAUUGAACCAGUUGAAUAUACUUUUAUUAGUAGAAAUGAAGAUCUAAAACAAAUGUUGGAAAGCAACAAAGAUUCUGCCAAACUGGAUGCUAUGAAACGAAUAGUUGGGAUGAUUGCAAAGGGGAAAAAUGCAUCUGAACUCUUUCCUGCUGUUGUGAAAAAUGUGGCCAGUAAAAAUAUUGAGAUCAAAAAGCUGGUCUAUGUUUACCUGGUGCGAUAUGCUGAGGAGCAACAGGAUCUGGCUCUCUUGUCUAUCAGCACUUUUCAACGAGCUCUAAAAGAUCCUAAUCAAUUAAUUCGUGCAAGUGCUUUGAGAGUCCUUUCCAGUAUCAGAGUACCAAUCAUUGUUCCUAUCAUGAUGCUUGCUAUUAAAGAAGCUUCUGCUGAUUUAUCACCAUAUGUUAGAAAGAAUGCUGCCCAUGCAAUACAAAAAUUGUACAGCCUUGACCCAGAGCAAAAAGAAAUGUUAAUUGAAGUAAUUGAAAAACUUCUGAAAGAUAAAAGCACACUGGUAGCUGGCAGUGUUGUGAUGGCUUUUGAAGAAGUAUGCCCUGAUAGAAUAGAUCUGAUUCACAGAAACUACCGCAAGCUGUGUAAUUUGCUAGUUGAUGUUGAAGAGUGGGGGCAGGUUGUCAUAAUCCACAUGCUUACCCGAUAUGCACGUACACAGUUUGUGAGUCCUUGGAAGGAGGAUGACAACUUAGAAGAGAACAGUGAAAAGAAUUUCUAUGAAUCUGAUGAAGAGCAAAAAGACAAAACUGAUAAAAGUAAAAUACCUUAUGCUAUGGAUCCAGACCAUCGACUGCUCAUUAGAAAUACAAAGCCUUUGCUACAAAGUAGGAAUGCUGCGGUCGUGAUGGCAGUUGCUCAGCUAUAUUGGCACUUAUCACCAAAAUCUGAAGCUGGUAUUAUUUCUAAAUCAUUAGUACGUUUACUUCGUAGUAAUAGGGAGGUGCAGUACAUUGUUCUACAGAAUAUAGCAACUAUGUCAAUUCAGAGAAAGGGUAUGUUUGAACCUUAUUUGAAGAGUUUUUAUGUUAGAUCAACUGAUCCAACUAUGAUUAAGACACUGAAGCUUGAAAUAUUGACAAAUUUGGCAAAUGAAGCCAAUAUAUCAACGCUCCUUCGAGAAUUUCAGACCUAUGUGAAAAGUCAAGAUAAACAGUUUGCUGCAGCGACCAUCCAGGCUAUUGGCAGAUGUGCAACCAACAUCUCAGAAGUAACUGAUACCUGCCUUAAUGGCCUGGUAUGUUUGCUGUCCAACAGAGAUGAAAUAGUAGUUGCGGAAAGUGUGGUGGUCAUUAAAAAAUUACUACAAAUGCAACCAGCCCAGCAUGGUGAGAUUAUCAAGCAUAUGGCCAAGCUCUUGGACAGUAUUACUGUUCCUGUGGCUAGAGCAAGUAUUCUUUGGCUACUAGGGGAAAAUUGUGAACGUGUUCCUAAAAUUGCUCCUGAUGUCUUGAGAAAGAUGGCUAAAAGCUUCACUAGUGAGGAUGAUCUUGUAAAGCUACAGAUUUUAAAUCUAGGAGCCAAACUAUAUUUAACGAACUCAAAGCAGACAAAAUUGCUUACCCAAUACAUAUUAAAUCUCGGCAAGUAUGACCAAAACUACGACAUCAGAGACCGUACAAGAUUUAUUAGGCAGCUUAUUGUUCCGAAUGAGAAGAGCGGAGCCUUAAGCAAAUAUGCCAAAAAAAUAUUUUUGGCACAAAAGCCUGCCCCAUUGCUUGAAUCUCCUUUUAAAGAAAGGGAUCAUUUCCAGCUUGGGACCUUAUCCCACACUCUGAACAUUAAAGCUUCUGGGUACCUGGAGUUGUCUAAUUGGCCAGAGGUGGCGCCUGACCCAUCAGUCAGAAAUGUUGAAGUGAUUGAAUCGGCAAAGGAAUGGACAUCAAUAUCUGGAAAAGCAAAGAAAGUGAAAACUGAUGAAAAGUUUUAUUCAGAAUCUGAAGAGGAUGCGUCUGACAGCAACAGUGACAGUGAGAGUGAAUCUGGAAGUGAAAGUGAAGAUGAAGAAAAGGAAGAAGGCAGUAGUGAGGAAAGUGAUGAAUAUUCCUCUGAUGAGAGUGACAGUGAAUCAGAUUUAGACAACAAAAGUCAAGUGGCCAAGCACAAAUCUAAAAUUACAGAAGAAAGUGAUUCUGAUGCUGAUGAGAAGACAAAUGCCAAAUUGAAAUCAUCUGAUUCUUCCGAUUCUGAAUCUAGUUCAAUAGAGGAAAGCUCUUCAGACUCUGAAUCAGACACAGAAAGUGAAUAUGAAUCAAGAAAACCCAGUAAGAAAGAAGAGAAGAAAACUUGGCCAGAAAGACAACCUAAUAAAAAAGAUGUUUCUCUUCUAGAUCUAGAUGAUUUUAAUCCAGUAUCCACACCAGUAGCAGUUCUCACACCAGCUAUUUCUCCAGCCUUAAUAGCUGAUCUGGAGGGUUUAAACUUGUCAGCUUCUUCCCCUGUCAUCAAUGUCAGUACUCCAGUCUUUGUGCCAAUGAAGACUCAUGAGCUGCUUCAUCGAAUGAGUGGCAAAGGAUUAGCUGCCAGUUAUCACUUUCCAAGACAGCCUUGCAUUUUUGGUGAUCAAAUGGUCUCAGUACAAGUGACAUUAAAUAAUACCACUGAUCAGAAGAUUGAAAAUAUCCAUCUCUCUGAUAAAAAACUACCUUCAGGCAUGAGGAUGCAUGUGUUUAGUCCAAUAGAAUCUCUUGAGCCUGGGGGAUCCAUUACUGUUGCAAUGGGUAUUGACUUUUGUGAUUCCACUCAGACUGCCUGUUUCCAGUUGUGUACAAAGGAUGAUUGCUUCAGUGUUAAUAUCCAGCCACCUGUUGGAGAGCUUCUUUUACCUGUGGCCAUGUCAGAGAAAGAUUUUAGGAGAGAGCAAGGACAUUAAGGUUCUUUACCCUUCAAAACUUAUUCCUGGCUCCAAUAUACAAACUCCUUCAUUGCCUUCUGGAAUAAUUCUGUUCAGAAGAAAUGCUGUAUUUUAGAAAUGUAUCUGAACCAACACAUUUGUAAAUAACCCCUUAAAUGUAAAAUACUUUCGUAUAGUUCAUGUCUCUGGUGCUCAUCUCAAACGCAACUGCUAAUUGGACUGAGCCUUUCCUUAUAUGAAUAAUAGGAAAUAACUUUAGGUGUCCUUAGAGGACACACUGAUUAUGCAGCAUGACAAAGUGGAUAGACCUCUGAGUCAAGACUGCAUGGGUUCAGGUCCUUCCUCUGACACACACUAUGUGACCUGGGCAAGACUCUUGACCUCUCGGUUUCCCCAGGCAACUUUCUAAGGCUCUGAGCUGUACAGCAGGUGCCGACCAGCAUUGGUCAAGGAAGUCUUUUCAAUGGAAGCUGCCUAAAUUAAUGAAUCACAGAUCUGGACUCCCAAUUUCCUCCGUCUACCAAAAAAAGUUCUAAAAUUCUACAUACUUGGGAAAUAUUUAAAUGCUACACAAUGUCUUUGUUUUUCUACAUUUUCCAAUAUCAUUAGCAAACUGACAACUAAAAACCUCAUGGUAUCAAUGUCAUCAAGUAAUAUCGGCCAGGUUCUCAGAUUGUGCAAGAUGUGGAAUAGAACAUACAGAAUUAUGGUCCCAUAUUAGAGAAGGGAAAAUAUGUUUCCUUGUAUUCCUCAGUGUAGUAAAGCAGAUAUUUGGGUGUAUUUCCUUGCCUUCUGUCCUGUCAUGGAGAUGAAAUAAUGUGUAUUUAUAAAGAAACGAAGGACAAGAGAACAAUCCUAUGUCCAGCUAUGAAGUGUAUAGUUAUGUAGAGGGGAUUAUAUUCAUUCUUGUGGUUUGUUUACUUUGAAAUCUUUUCAGCUAGAAUAGAAUAACACUUCAUCUCUGCAUUGGUUUUUCUUGGAAGUUGAUCAUUGCCAUAGAAAAAAAAUUAGCUUUGUGUGAUUUUUUUUUUCCUAUUGACAAAUUGAAUUGAUUCUUAUAUUUGCUGUUCUUACCCUUUGCUGG